AUGGCGGGCGAGACGCUAGAACCAUCGUGGUUGGUGAGGACGCAAUUGCGGCACCACAUAUCGAGCAAGCUGACCGAUUUCGUCCGUGGUGGAAGCAAGGAUUUGAAAUCGGUGUUUAUACAGGGCGCAUCUCGUUUGAUAGAUGAUGACCUGGUGAGUGUGUCCGUGCUCUGCUUGAUAACUUUUGGGUUCAUCUCCUCUUUCAAUUUAUCCGUAUGUGGUGCCACAGCGGGCGUUGGAUUUGGUCGCUGUGUCUGCUCGUUCAACGUGGUUUUAGGACGUUUUGGCCUUGUUCUGAUACUCAGGUCUUUCAUUGUGUUUAUCUGUGCGAUUUCUGUGGAGGCGGUAUCAGGUUGCUUUAUCUCUGAGGCAUUUUGUGUCGGCAGAGAAGCGUCCGUUGCGGAAGGCUCUGAAGCAUCAAGUCCUAGCAAGCUUUUGAUCCUUGCGAUGUCUUCAGGUUUUGCGGUGGGGCAUGGUUUGCCCGAGGCCAUAGUGAACCCGGAUGAUCCUUUGUUCUCCGUGACAGUUGUGGGAACGCUAAAUGUUGGUGAAGCAUCCCGCACUUCAUUCGUCGCUUCAUCAUUACGUUCCGCAGUAUCGUCAGAUUUCGGCUGGUCGAAAGAUCCAAACUUGCUGCUUUGGGUGGUGCCAGGACGUAUUGUGCUCAAGGAAGCACGUCUUGGGGGUAUGGCAGCAGAUCCCUCAUCCGCGAACAACCAGUGUGACAAAAUUUUGUCUUCUCCCGCUUUCUUUACCCCAUCGUCUGGGGGUACGCCAGCAGUUUCUAUGCACUGCACGCCGUCUUUUAUCGACCCGUCCUCCUUGACCGCUGUGGCCGGGAAGAAUAGCGAUUUCGCCUCUUCUUGGGGUGGGACAGAUUCCGGUUCACAUGUCACAGGCUCCUCCUCAGCGUCUGCGUUUCUAGCACGCUUAGCGGGUGCUGUUUGCUUCGCUCCUUUUUUACCUUUUCUCGUCUUCAUGGUUGCGUAA